GGGUCGAUGUCCCUUCCCCAGCCUUGGAGCUGUUGAUCACAAGUGCCUCCUUGUUUAAGAGGCAAGAGGGCUUACGAACAUUGUUUUUAAGGAAGGAGAACAGCAUGUGACAGACUUUCUUAAAAAUGCACUUAGAUAAAAGAAGGUUUGCCAGUGGCCAGAAAGACAAGCGAAGAAAGUGGAAAUCCUCUGUAUCUCAUCACUUGUGUACUCCCUGAGAGAAACAACACUAGAUUUAUUAUGUUAAAGAACCAAAGUGAAGGCCAUAGUUUAAGUAUACUGCCAGGCCAACUACCCAGAGCUGCAGAAUCAAAACUUAAAUUGUCCUAAUUUCCCAUGAAGAGCUGGCUCUGUCCUUACAGGAAACUUAAGCUUUCUUCAUGUCUGGGUAACCUUGCAGCUUCCUAGCAGCUACAAACAAGUAAACUUGUAUGCUGGUACUCUUCUGAAAGGACCGUCAGUUCUAGUAACCAGUCCCAAUAGAAAACAAUGUACUUCCUCAUUCCUGUGCAUAGGAGGAAAAUAAUUUUCUCUCCCCCCUCUGAAUACUUAGCUGAGAUUCCUGCAACAAAAAAUGAAAACAAACAAGUUUCUUAACAUGUAUACCUCAUGUGAGAGGCUUCCCAGGUGGCACAGUGGUAAAGAAUCCACAUGCCAGUGAAGGAGAUGCAGGAGAUAUGGGUUCAAACCUUGGGUCAAUAUUCUUGCUUGGAAAAGUCCAUGGACAAAGGAGCCGGGCGGGCUACAGUCCAUGGGGUCACAAGGAGUCAGAAAUGCUUGCAUAUGCAUGCAGGCUUACCUUGUAUAAACAUGGAGAUGCCCAAGGAAAAAUGAUUAACCACUAAGAUGGCUUAGAAUUCAGGUCUAAAUGCAGCCUUCAUAGGGAAGGGGGUUGUUUAGUUGCUAAGUUGUGUCUCUUAAGACUGUCUUGAAAGUCAUGACUCUUUUGAGACCCUAUGGACUGUAGCCCGCCAGGCUCCUCUGUCCAUGAGAUUUCUCUGGCAAGAAUACUGGAGUGGUUUGCCACUUCCUUCUCCAAGGGAUGUUCUUAACUCGGGGAUUGAACCCACGUCUCCUGCAUUGCAGGUGGAUUCUUUACCGCUGAGCCACCGGGGAAGUCCUAGGGCAAGGGGAGGGAGGUUCUAUACCUGGAAGAGGCUGAAACUGCAGUUAGGUUAAGUAUUAGGUGUCGGUUUGCUGACAUGGGGCUUAGCACAAGUGAGUCCACAUGGCUUGUGAGAUCUUAGUUCCCCCAACUAGGGAGUGAACCUGAUCCCCAACAAGGAAAGCACUGAAUCCUAACCACCAGACCACCAGGGAAUUCUCCUUUUGCCCCCCACCUUUUUUUUUUUUUAAACAGCUGUUUUAAAGUGCCUGCAGCUCAAAACAAUCAGUUUUCCAAAGUGGUAUAUUAGGGAGCGACUUAUUCUGCCACCUAUUUACAUGUUUUAUAAACUGAAGGGUAAAUGCGGAGAGCUUAACUUCUUAAGACUUUCCAUUUUGAAGCCUCCUUGUUUGCGGUUUGGUUUUCACUCCAUAAACUGUUCAUAUCAAGUAAAGUCCUCUGAAUUUUCUUUUGACAACAGCUGUGCCUGCUCAGUCGCUCAGUUGGUGUCCAACUCUUUGAGACCCCAUGGACCCUGCCAGGCUUCUCUGUCCAUGAAAUAUUCCAGACAAGAAUACUGGAGUGGGUUGCCAUUUCCUCCUCCAGGGGAUCUUCCCAACCCAGGGAUCAAACCAGAGUCUCCUGCAUCUCUUCCAUUGCAGGUGGAUUCUUUAUCACUUGAGCCACCUGGGAAGCCCCUUUGACAACAGUUAGCUCUUUAUAUAUCAUAUUUAGCCUAAAAUCUCUGAUAACCUCCCGAAAAUCAUUGUUACACUCUCUGAGCUGAUUCUGUGUGACGCAGACAUAACCUUAGACCGCCCAAAUGUAGAGCAGGCAAAGGCUCUUCAUGCAGAGCUUGCUAUACUAAGGGAACUGGCCACCAUCAGGUGUUUAGCAGAGACUCAAAAGCAAGCAGGAGAAGCUUUAGAUGGAAAAAAGGGAAAACUCAACUAUGCUGAGUUUUUAGGAGAUUGGCUUGGAAAAGCUGGAGGCAGGUUAAGUAAAAGAAGGAUUCCCCUCCACCCGGCCUCGGGGAACGAGCAAAUAAAGGAACCAGCAACUUAGCCUGAUGGCCAGGAUCCAGCCCCAUCUCGGAGACCAGGCCUUGGAAGCCAUGUUCCUGCCAGUCUCAUGGAAGGGGUUGCUGUCCUUUGAGGACGUGGCUCUGUACUUCACCAGGGAAGAGUGGGACACGCUGGACUGGGCUCAGAAGGCCCUCUACAGGGACGUGAUGCUAGACAACUACAGACACAUCGUCUCCUUGGGAUUUCAGUUUCCCAAACCUGAGGUGAUCUGUCAGCUGGAACAGUGGGAAGAGCCGUGGAUCCUGGAAGUGCCGAGAGCGGGGACUAGGAAGGCUUCCGGUAGUGCCUGCCCAGAUUUGGAAGCCAGAUUCCAGAUGAAAGAGCUUGCUCCAAAGGAGAACGCUUCUGAAGAUUUAAUGUUAUGGAAGAUGUCCUCAGUAAAGCAGAAAACAGCCAAGGAGCCUCCAGAAGAGUUACAUGAAUAUAAUGAAUUUGUGGACAUUUACGGAUUUUCACUCCCUGCUACUGGUGAUGAGUGCUGUAAGGACUUCCUUCAAAGCCUUAACCUUAUUCACAGUUGGAGAGCUCAGACAAGGACACAGCAGGGCAAAUAUGAUGAGUGCAGAAAACCCUACCAUCAGAGAUCACGGCUUUUGAGGCAUAAGAGAACUCUGACAAACACAAAAUCCUAUGAAUGCCACGAAUGUGGAAGAGCCUUCCAGCGGCAGGCAAAUUUGGUUCGACAUCAAAGACUUCACAGUUCAGAGAAUCCCUUUGAGUGUGACAUAUGUGGGCAGGCCUUCAAACAGAAGUCCACUCUGAUCGACCACAAACAGUGUCACUCACAAAAAAAGCCAUAUAAAUGUCACGACUGUGGAAAGUGUUUCCGUCAGAUGGCAUAUCUCGUCGAACAUAAGAGGAUCCAUACCAAAGAAAAACCCUAUAAGUGCAGCAAAUGUGAAAGAACGUUUAGUCAGAAUUCAACGCUUAUUCGACAUCAGUUAAUCCACAGUGGAGAGAAACCCCACAAGUGCACUAUAUGUGGAAAAGCCUUUGGCCGGCACUCAACCCUUAUGAGCCAUCAACAGAUUCACAGUAAACAGAAUGCUCACAAAUGCAGUGAAUGUGGAGAAUCCUUUGGUCGGAAUGUCGAUCUCAUUCAGCAUCAAAGGAUCCACACGAAGGAGGAAUUCUUUGAGUGUAGAGAAUGUGGGAAAACCUUUAGCUUUAAGGCAAAUCUUCAUCGACAUGAGGUCAUUCAUACUGGAGAGAGACCCUACAGAUGUGACAAAUGUGGAAAGUCUUUCAGUUGGCGCACAAGCUUUAUUAAGCAUCAGGGUACCCACAGAGAGCGGGUAUCUGCGUGAUGUUAACUGGAAAAGCUACCAAUUUAAAGCCCAGAACUUAACCACUAUGGCAAGUAUGUAUAACCUGAUUGUUUCAUGAAAAUUAAUAAACAAGAACUGGUUU